UCUCUCUCUCUCUCUCUCUCUCUCUCUCUCUCUCUCUCUCUCUCUUUUAAACCUUCUCUCUCUCUAUCAGCCCAUCUUUCUAUCUUUCUUUAUCCAUCUCUAUCUUUUUAUCUAUCUAUUGAUGGAUGUUCAUGGGCAAGGAUUCAGCUCAGGAACUCAGAGCGAAGAAGAAAUGGAUUUGAGAAGGGGUCCAUGGACCAUGGAAGAAGAUCUCAUCCUCGUUAAUUACAUUACCAACCAUGGCGAAGGCCGCUGGAAUUCGCUGGCUCGGUGUGCAGGUCUGAAAAGGACUGGGAAGAGCUGCCGUCUUAGAUGGUUGAAUUACUUGCGCCCGGACGUCAGGCGUGGAAACAUCACCCCCGAAGAACAGCUGCUGAUCCUCGAACUCCAUUCUCGUUGGGGCAAUCGGUGGUCCAAAAUCGCGCAACAUUUACCAGGAAGAACCGACAACGAAAUAAAGAAUUACUGGCGAACAAGGGUCCAAAAGCACGCGAAACAAUUGCAAUGUGAUGUUAAUAGCAAGCAAUUCAAGGACACCAUGCGCUACCUAUGGAUGCCGAGGCUCGUAGAAAGAAUCCGAGCAGCUGCUACUGCUUCGAGCAAUAACAAUAUUAUCGAUAAUACCACGACUACUACGACCACCACGAUCACAGAACUGCCCAACGGUCAGCUAAUCCCACAAAAUUAUGAUGUGGGGUGUGCGCAAGUUAAGCAGAAUUACACCCGAGAGAAUUCUUGCACAGGUGCAUCAUCAGACUCGUUUGGUACCACCACCACGCAAGUCGUCUCACCAACAUCAGACCUCACAGAUUAUUAUUUCAGAGGAAAUGAUUUCCAAGCUGCCCCAAUACAGUUCCCAGAAUCCCUAACCAGCCCCUUGGGUUACUUUAACCAUGGGCUAGAUUUUUCAACAGCCGAUCAGAGCGGUUGGUUUGGUGGGGACAUGACUGAGAAUACAUGGAACAUGGAUGAUAUUUGGUUUUCUCAGCAACAGUCAUACAAUGGGAUUUAGAGAAUGUGAAGAGAAAAUAUAUAUAUGUAUGUGAAAAUAGGAUUAAAAAGGAAAUAGAACAAAAGAGAGGGUGAAUUUUGUGAAAAUGGUAGAAAAUGAUGGGCUAAUUUAGUCAUUUUCUUUUCUUUUUUCUACAUUUUGUAGAUUGGGGUUUUUAAAUCUCAUUCUUUUCAUUGAUGACUUUGUAUUGAUUGCAUUUUGAAGUUUGGUUUUGAUCUAAUAAUAUUUUAAAUUGUGAAUAAUUAUUC